AUGGAUUUCCAGGACGACGCGGCGGAGUUUUCGUCUGAGGAUGUGGACACUAUCGUCAAGAACGCCAUCACUGGUUGCUUGACCGACGUCAUGUACAACCCAAAGAAGGAGCUACAGCCUCUCAACAAGCCCUACAAGUACAUCAUCACGUGUAUAAUCAUGCAAAAAAACGGGGCCGGGGUGAACACUUGCGCAUCCAUGGUGUGGGAUACCACGAAAGACAAUUUUUGCCAGGUACCGUGGGAGAAUCAAAACAUGCAUUGCAUCGUGACCGUGUACGGCUGUGCGGUGCACAUCGACAACGCGAACGAGCUGGAGUCAUGA